AGAACUGUCGGUCGGUCCGCGAGAGUGUGACUGUGAGUCUGCAAAUCUUCUGGUAAACGGAGAUGAAGCAGACGACGUGGCCUGGUCGAUCGGACGGCUCCCGCUUCAAGGCGCUCCCGCUAUGGAGCGCCAAGGGUGGAAAUCACAGCGAUCUUCACCGGACAAAGCACGGCAAUCGAACCGCCGCUAGUAGAUCAUCAUCAACGGACCGUCGGGAUUACUCGACGCUGCCGGUAGAACUGGUGACGAAAAUCGGGCUGACGCUCAGCCACCCGAGCCUGAGCGCGGCGUCGUUAGCGUGCAAGGCGUGGUGCGAGGCGCUGCAGCAGCUGAGGCAGGCGAUGAUGUACAUGCGGUGGGGGAAGCGGUUCAAGCACGGCCGCGGAGGAGUCAGCCGGAAUACGGACAAGGCGCUCGACGCGUUUCUGAUGGGUGCGGCUUGUGGUUCCCCCAUGGCUAUGGUGGACGCCGGGCUCAUAUACUGGGAGAGGGGCCUCAAGGAGAAGGCCGUCGCUUUGUAUCAGAAAGCUGCGGAAUUGGGCGACCCUGCUGGGCAGUGCAAUUUGGGGAUUUCGUAUUUGCAAGCUGAACCUCCAAAUCCAAAGGAAGCUGUAAAAUGGUUAUAUUGUGCGUCUUACGACGGCCAUACCCGAGCUCAGUACCAACUGGCACUUUGUCUGCAUCAAGGCCGCGGGGUGAAUCGUAACAUACAAGAGGCGGCUAGAUGGUAUUUGAAAGCUGCAGAAGGUGGUUAUUUGCGUGCCAUGUAUAAUGUAUCUCUGUGUUACAAAUUUGGGGAAGGAUUGGUUCGCAGUUAUAGCCAAGCGAGAAAGUGGAUGAAGCAGGCAGCUGAUUGCGGUCACAGUAAAGCUCAAUAUGAGUAUGGGGUCGCUCUUUUUUCUAAACAAGAAAAGAUGAAGGCUGUAGUGUACUUGGAACUUGCUACCCGAGCUGGGGAAAGUGCCGCGGCUCAUGUCAAGAAUGUAAUUCUUCAACAGCUUUCAGCAACUUCGCGUGAUCAUGUAAUGUGUAUUGUCGACAAUUGGCGUGCUUCGUCCUCAACUUCUUGACGGUUUGUAAAUACCCCUUUGGUUCCUGCGACCAUUCGAGGUUGCGUAGUCAUCCUCUUCUGAUGAGUGAUGGUAGUUUCUUUCUUGUAUUGGAUAUGGACAGUUUUGUUAUCAACAAUGGUUCGUGCAUGCACUCUUCUAUAAGUGUGGCCUGAUUGAUGUACAAGUAAUACUGUAGCUGAAAUACCAGUUCUACUUUAGCAUUUGCUUGUAUCUGUAAAGGGAUUGUUGAUGGCCAACCAUGUUGUAUGAAGUGAAUUUACAAUAUCAA